AUGAAAAAUAUGGAAACUAGAAGCUUCAAUAUUCUUGUUUUGGCUCUUCUAACUGUUCCUUUUGUCCUUGCAAUGACUGGAGUUCAAGCGCAACUUAGUACCGAUUUCUACAAAAACACAUGCCCUAAUGUCGAAUCGAUCGUUAGCCAAGUCGUCGCGAAUAAGUUUCAGCAGACGUUUGUGACUGCUCCGGCCACUCUUCGUCUCCUUUUCCACGACUGCUUCGUUCGGGGCUGCGACGCUUCGGUUAUGCUUGCGUCGCCGGAUAGCAAGGCAGAGAAGGAUCAUCCAGAUAACCUUUCCCUCGCCGGAGAUGGAUUUGACACUGUGAUCAAAGCCAAGGCAGCUCUUGACCAAGACGCUCGCUGCAAGAACCAAGUUUCAUGUGCCGAUAUACUUGCCCUCGCCACGAGAGAUGUCGUAGUUUUGACCGGGGGACCAAAUUAUACAGUGGAAUUGGGAAGGCGUGAUGUGAGAAUAUCUACUAUAAGCAGCGUUCAAAGGCAUCUUCCCAAACCAGAAUUUAAUUUAGACCAACUCAAUUCCAUGUUUGCCGCUAAUGGUCUUACGCAAAGAGAUAUGAUUGCAUUAUCAGGUGCUCACACCCUAGGCUUCUCUCAUUGCAGCAAAUUCUCGAAACGAAUAUACAACUUCAGCCCAGGAACUAAAACGACAAUUGACCCUGCACUCAACAGAAAAUACGCGUUGCAGCUCAGACAAAUGUGCCCCCUAAAAGUGGACCCCAGAAUAGCCAUCGACAUGGACCCCACAACACCAAGGAUCUUCGACAAUGCUUACUUCAAAAACCUUCAGCAAGGAAAAGGGCUUUUAUCCUCUGAUCAGGUAUUGUUCACUGAUCAGAGAUCAAAGGCAACCGUCGACGAAUUCGCGUCGAAUUCGACGGCCUUCAACCAGGCUUUCAUUACCGCCAUUACCAAGCUAGGAAGAGUUGGAGUUCUUACUGGAAGGAAAGGAGAAAUUCGAAUUGAUUGCACUCGUCCAAACUAA